ACAUUUUAGUAAGAUGUCACCACGUCUCAAAAUAUCGAGUUAUGUUAUCGAGAGGUUGUCUAAAUUAGACACAAAUGAAAGUACAGGAUGUCUGUACGGGGUUAUGUACGACGGAAACCUGCUCGUAGUCGGGCUGAGUCUGGAGUUAUUCGAACGCGAGAAGAAUACAUACAAGCAGCUGCUGUUGCACUUGCCCACUGAGAUUGAGUUAUGUGGGGUCAUCAAGUUCGGGGAGACUUUAACAACAGAGACGAGGUUGAAAGAAAUCCUGCAGGAUGUAGACAUAACAGACAACCCACUGGUGAUCAUUAUAAAUCAAAAUAAGGAUAUGAAAGCGCACUUCUUAGUCCAUGAUAAGUUUGAGGAAACCAAGUAUGAAGUGUUGGAGGCAGAUGAGUUGUGGAAACAGUUCCUCCAUGUCCGCCUUAACACUGUCAUACCGCUGAGUUGUGAAGCCACUAUUAAUGGUGUUAAGAAUAUAAUGCAGAAUAAAAGGAUAAAGAUUGCAUCAGGUCAAGUUUCCUUCCAUAUAAAUGGGACAUCAGUUUAUUUAUUUGGAGUGGCGUCAGAUGUAGGGUUGACUGGGAUAAGCACAGAUGCUACGGUCGGAGAACUCUUAGACUCAAUGAGCCCAGAACAGCCCAAAAAGAAGAAGCAUAACACAAAUAGUAUAGAAAUUUUACCUGCAAACUUAAUUUUAAAAGCUACUAAGGAUAUACUGUCGGAUAAACUUGUUAAGACUGCUGUAAAGAUGAUGACUACACAACGAAAACCUUCAUUUUGUAUUAGCAUGCCGCUGAGAAUUGACACUUUAGCAAUAAUCCACCGGAACACAAAGUUGCUAGAGUUGUACACAGUUCUGGUAGAAGCCGCCUGCCGCUCCCUGAAACUACUAGAAAGUGUCUUACUUGAACAAUUAGGUCAGGAGGGCAUAGGCGACGGCGCGGGCCUGCGUUUGCCGGAAACCUUCCACUUCAUCCCCGACGAGCUGGGCCACUUCGUCACCAGGGUCGUGCCCAAGGGCAUACCUGAUGAGAGCAUGGAAAAAGAAAGGCGUCUGUUGCACGAGCAGCUAGGUCUGCCGGUGGACCGGCCCAUGUUCCGGCGCGGCAACGCGCACGCGCGGCGCGCGCGGCGGCUGCUGAGCCCGCACGCGGCGCUGCCGGCGCGGCCCGCGGCGCGCGCGGCGCUGGUGCGCGGCCGCUACGGCUACCACCACUACAUGCAGGACGGCUGCGACGACGACGGCUGGGGCUGCGCCUACCGCUCCAUGCAGACCAUAUUCUCCUGGUUCAGGUAUCAAGGAUACACAACAGUAGAAGUUCCCAGCCACAGGGAAAUCCAACAGUGCCUCGUCGAUAUCGGAGACAAGCCGUCAUCGUUCGUAGGUUCCAAGCAAUGGAUCGGCUCCACAGAGGUCUCAUUCUGCCUGGAGACUCUGCUCGGUGUCCAGUCUAGGAUCAUAUUUGCGAACACUGGCGCGGAACUGCAGAGCUAUACUCCGGAAUUGUUGCACCAUUUCCAGAGACAUGGCAGCCCGAUUAUGAUUGGGGGCGGAGUCCUAGCGCACACAAUCUUGGGAGUGGAGCUGGACGCCGAGACGAGCGAGACCCGCUACCUGAUCCUCGACCCGCACUACACGGGCGCCGACGACUUGGCCACGGUCCUGGCCAAGGGCUGGUGCGGCUGGAAAAAGGCAGACUUCUGGAACAAGACCGCGCACUACAACCUGUGCCUGCCGCAGACGAGACCCGCCGUGUGAUUCUAUUG